CCGCACAUGAAGGCGGAAGUAAUAGAUCCGGGAGACGUUGGUGGUGAGCUGCAGACGUUGCUAGGCUCGGCGGUGAGGUGUAAGGAAAGAUGAUUUCCGAAGGAGGAUCGUUUAUGCGGGGAAUGCUGAUAGGAAGUGCAUUCUGCAUAGUGGUAACCCUUCUAGGACACAUUAAAUUGAGCCACGAACCCGCUACCCCUCAUGAACACCAUCACAUUCAGGCCCCUAAUAAAGAGGAGGUUCUCAAAUUGAUGGGAACAGAGAAGAUGGAAUUAAGUAAAGGCAUCCGAGUGUAUUGUAUUAUCCUUGUCAAACCAAAAGACUUGAGCCUUUGGGCUGCUGCGAAGACCACCUGGAGCAAGCACUGCGACAAGGUCGACUUCUACAGUUCUGAGCACAUGAAGGUCUUUGACUCCAUUGUCCUUGACAGUAACGACAUGUGGGUUAUGAUGAGAAAAGCUAUCCAAAUGGCAUACGAGAACCACAAAGAUGAGUACAACUGGUUUUUCAUCAGCCAGCCCUCCACCUUUGCCAUUAUUGAAAACCUGAAAUAUUUCCUUCUGAAGAAAGAUCCUUCAGAGCCAUUCUAUAUUGGUCACACUGUGAAAGAGGGAGACUUGGAUUAUGUGGAUAUUGCAGGCGGUAUAGUGCUAAGCCUUGAAUGUGCAAAUCGUUUUGUUGAUGUGAUGAGUAAGCCAGACAAGUGUCCAGAAACGGGCAGCAUCUUAUGGAAGGUCUCUGAAGACAAGCAGUUGGCAAUGUGCCUCAAGCACAAGGGUGUGCUGGCAGAAAAUGCAGAAGAUUCUGAAGGUAAAAAUGUCUUCAACACAAAAUCAGUGGGUACCCUAAUUAAAGAAGCAAUGGCAAAUGACCCACAAAAAGUAGUUGAGGGUUGCUGUUCAGAUAUGGCAAUCACGUUCAGUGGACUAUCUCCUAACAACAUGCAAGUCAUGAUGUACGGUGUUUACAGGUUAAGAGCAUAUGGACACAGCUUUAAUGAUGCAUUGGUAUUUUUACCACCCCCAAACUCUGAUAAUGAUUGAACAGACCAGUCUUUAUCCUUAAUUGUUACCACCAAGAAAACUGUACAACUUCUAAAAUAUCAACAUCUUGCAACAUGGGACUGGUGAAGGGGGGGACGCUUGAUCUUUUGUAUAUGUGUAAUUUACUUUCUUGUUUUGUGUACAGUGUAGGAGUUCUGUUUUUUUUUGUUUUUUUUUUCUUGCAACCAUAUCGGGACUGCAAAUUUUGUCUUAUAACAAAAACUGCAAUGGAUUUUACACAGUAAUGACUUUUGCACUCAAAAUCUAUUUUUCUAAAUCUUUGAAA